GAUGCCCUUAGUAAGCGUUGGAGAUGACGAAGGAAAAAUGUUGCUAACUUGUCGUUUUUACAGUCACUGGUUCAAUCCCAAAUUCCAACAUUUAUUGGUCUGUUAGGCUACGAGUUUCAAGAACUCUAAAAUUAAAUAAAUUUUCUCGGGAAAACUAGUUCGUUAAACUUUCCCGCGUAUUAUCCGGGAAUUUCUCGAAGUGAAAAGGGUAACUGGAAACUCUGUUCCUUACCUAGGCCUAGGGCAGAGAAGUCAGAAGAGAGGGAAGGAAAGAAGAUGGAGUCAUGGGUCCCACUCUUGGACAUUUUCUUGAACUCCCCAUGUCCUGAAACAGAGGCCUCUCGAUGGUUUCAUCACUCUUUCGACGCCUCAUCCACCCCCACCAUUACCACAAACUCUUUCCUUUCGUUGCUCUCAAAACCCUCCGAGGCCAUUGUCAUCGAUUCUUCUUCUCCUUCACACACCUCAACUCCUCAUUCCAAGAGGGUUAUGUGGAUUCAGACGCUUCCCAACGCAGUGCAGUUUCGAAUUCUAUCGUUUCUUGCUUUGGAGCAUAGUCGAUUUUGCGCUCGAGACUUGACUAAACUUGCCCGAAACAUGUUGAGUGGGGCUGAUGAGCUUGAUUUUUGGGUCAAGAAAGCUGCACAUCAGGUGCUCGACACAAUGUCUGAAUCAAAUUAUGAAUGGGUUUCUUGUUUGAAUUUGGAUUCUGACGAAGAAAGAGUGGAAAACGAGUUUGAAUCGUUACCAAAUUGGCUUAAGGAUGAGGCAAUAAACGCCAAUGAUUUGCUUCUAUAA